AUGGCGGCCUGGCGGUUAAGUUUGUGCACCCGCAGUCUUUCAGCUAUUCGAGGGCUCCAGGCUAUCGACCUUCGCUGGAAAUCGAGGUCCUCUAGGGCUGUGAUCGUCCGGUCCACUGUGGAGCGAAAAGAGAAGAGAGAACCAACCGUGGGCUGGAUGGAGGACCCAGACACUGAGGACGAAAACGUCUACUUGAAGAACCCCGACUUCCAUGGUUAUGACGAUGACCCUGUGGUGGACAACUGGAACAUGCACGCUGUCUUCUUCUUUGGCUUUUCCAUCGUCCUGGUCUUCGGAACCACCUUUGUGGCUUAUAUUCCCGACUACGGGAUGGUCAAGUGGGCCCGCCAGGAAGCUGGGAUGCUCGUGAAACACCGAGAAGCCAAUGGCCUCCCCAUCAUGGAAUCCAAUUGUUUUGACCCCAGGAAGAUCCAGCUGCCAGAAGAUGACUGAUAAAUUACUAAGUGGGAUGUAAGAAGCACUACCUUGGCCCCAUUCCCUGCCAGCUUUUCUGCUCACUCCCCAGAGCACCUAUCAAAGGGACUGAAAGAAGAAGCGUGUUACUCCAGCUAGGCCUGACAAUUAUUUGGCCAAGGGACCACACCUCAGGAGGCCUGACUCACCUAAAAUUAAGUUAAAAAGAGACUGGAGGAAUAAUUAUCCCCUUAAUGAGAUAAUGAACUGUCCUUCCCAGAAACCCUGUCCUGGGUAUAGAUGGAUGGAGGUUCCAGAGCUCAAGGAUGAAAAUGUCUACUUGAAGAACCCCGACUUCCAUGAUGAUGACCCCGUAGUGGACGACUGGAACAUGCACACC